AUGAGCAGUUGGUACCUACUAUUCUUCAUAUUCAUCCGUCAUACUACACCCAAAGAGAUUUGUGAUAAAUACAAUCCACCGAUUGGAGACACAUCGGACUACAAGAAACUUGCACAGUUAUUCAAAGAACGCAUGUACGACAAAGCGCAUCCGUGUGAUAAUUUCUAUCAGUUCGCAUGCGGGACAUACAACGUGAAAGCAACAUUGAAGGACGUUGUGAGGACCAAACUUGCCGCUAAAGAAAAAGAAAGUAUCGUAGGGCUUCUCAUUGCAGAAGAACAAGUAACGCCUUCCAAAGCUUUCAAAAUAACGCAGCGAUACUAUAAAAGCUGUUUGCAAAGCGAUGAGCAGUGGGAUGAUAUUGGCGGACCAAUUCAAUUCGUGAUGAGAAGGAUUCGCGAUUACGGCAGCUUCCCACUCAUUGACGAAGAGCACUCUAAUGAUGAUGGGAACUACGAAGUGAACCUGACCGACUUACUGAUCUAUUUUAACAAAAACAGAACGACAACUAGGUUGCUGGUGCCGAUUGUUGUCCACCGCGAAAAUGACACCGCAGUGCUUGAAUUUCCUCCGAGUGAGCAAAGAGAUAGAGCCUUUGACGUCAAUAAAAUCAAAUUGGUUAUAGCCUUGUGUGUCCAUACAAAUUCGACGUGCUAUUUACAAAAUUUACUAAAGGACUUAUUCGACGUUCAUGCCCUAAAACAAAAGAUAAAGUCCUCAAUCAAGCCAAAAGAAAAUAUAUGGACAGUGCCUAUGAAGCUCAAACAACUGAAUAAAUCUUACUCUUCAGUCGACUGGUUCAAGUUUCUAUCAGAAAUGACUCCAAGCAAAGUUCAUUACCGUUAUCAAGAUGAUACUUUUAUGGUUAAAGCUCCCCCAAUCGAAAGAAUGAAGAAGCUUGACGCCGUCUUAAAAGGAGCUCCAAGGAAAGUCCUUGCCAAUUUUAUUAUGGUUACUUACAUUGAAUCUUGGUUGCAGUGGAUUGAUAAGCCGUUUGAAACUCUCGCAGCUAGAGCUGCAGUGGCGGGUUUUUUCACUUUUAGUACGCAUAUUUGUUCCUGUGCUUUGCAUAGUAGUGAGCGAUAA